AUGGCCGAAAACGCGCCAAUGGAGGUCGAUUCUCCCGCCACCAAGCAGCCCCGCUUCCAGGUCAAAAAGUGGAACGCGGUUUGUCUCUGGUCCUGGGACAUUGUCGUCGACAACUGCGCUAUCUGCAGGAACCACAUCAUGGAUCUUUGCAUCGAAUGUCAAGCAAACCAGGGCUCAGCAACUACAGAGGAAUGCACCGUCGCGUUUGCCCACUCGACAACAGAGAAUGGGAACUCCAAAAGUACGGCCGAUGAGCAUCAAGGCCUUUCCCUGCAUCCGAUCCAAGCUCCAUUCUAUGUACUCUAG